AUGGAUCUGACUUCUUUCGACAUGAAUCUUCUGCCGCCUAUUCUGCACGAGCUGGACUUGUCGAGCAAUCGACUGGAGGAUAUCAGCUCGUCCGACGAGUCAGCAACAAUACAGCUUGAGGUGUUCAACAUCUCACACAACCAGCUAACUCAUCUGAAUGACUGCCACAUUUCAUGUCCAGAUCUUCGAGUAUUUCGGUGUCAUCACAACUCCUUUUCACGGCUUCCAACUCGGCUCCUUGACGCAUCGACAAAUCAGCUCGAGUCUAUUGACGCUUCAUACAAUAUCAUUGCCCAUACAUUUGAUCUCUGCCGCCACAAAAGCUUGAAGAAACUGAAUAUGAAAAUGAACAGAUUAACAACCAUGCCAUUGAUUCCAAAUUCCCUACUGGUAUUGGACGUGACAGAAAACAGGAUAAAGGAUAUUGGACAACUUCACUCAGUAUCCGAUGCAGCCCCGCUUGCUUUGAUCGAGUUGAUGCUCAGUGGGAAUCAACUAUCUGAAAUCGAUGGCUCCACUUUUGAAAAGUAUUCCAACUUGCAACUCCUCGACAUUAGCUGCAAUAAACUCAGAAACUUGCCAUACCAGUUGGGACUCCUUCCGAACCUUAGAGCUUUCCGAGUCGCCUCCAACCCACUUUUUACCUUAAAAAGAUCUGACGUUGAGAGCAAUCCAGAUGAAGUACUUGCAGUUCUACGCCGACGAGCACCAAAACGGGAGGAAGCGUUGCAUUCGCAACCUUCCUCGAUUCUUUCCGCUUUCAUCUCCAACGGAAACUCUAUUGUGCUCUCUGUAUCCCAUAAUCGAGGGCAAUGGCUGUCAUUGGUUCCGCCGCAAUUGGCAGCCUGUCCACGGUUGGUCCAUCUUGACUUGUCAAAAAAUCAGUUUAGUGAUCUCUCUCCACUUGUAGGGGAUCUUUUAUGGGCCGGCACCAUUAAGCUGCUUGACCUAGGUGGUAAUUGCUUUACAGAGGUACCCAUGGAAGUAUUGGCUCAAUUGAAGUGUCUGAAGACUCUCAAUCUAAUGUCCAAUAGCAUCAAGUCCCUGAAACGUUGUACAACAUGGCUACCAGUAUCUUUGGUUUGUUUGGAGUUGUCGGAGAAUCAGAUCGAAGACAUGGAAGACUUGGUGUGGUCAUUGGCCUUGAGUUGUCGCAAUAUUCAAGUACUGCGAAUUGCCCAGAAUAAGUUGAAGAAGAUACCCUUGGAAUUGGGAUUGUUUCUCGAAGGUAAACUAAGCAAGUUAAACCUACAAAUGAAUCCCCAGCAAGCAGUGCGGCAUGCAGUUUUGGAGAGAGGAUGUGCAGAUCAACUAGCAUACCUCAAAAACAGGAUGACAAAGGAAGAAGUACUAGAAUCGAGGAAGCGAUUGGUGGCUUUACACGGCGAGCUUCUAUCCGAGAAACAAUCAGUUUCACAUUCCAAUUCACUUGGGAAAGAUGCAGCCGAGAACAGAGAAAUUGCAGUUUGUUCAAAUGCUGACACGACAAACCAAGGAGCUUCCAACCAAUCAUUGAACUCUCCCGAGCGACUAGCCUCGCUGAGACUGAUAGCAGAGUGCAAAGAAAGGAUUGUUGGUGUGCAACAUGAGAUUGAUACAAACUUUGCACUAAGCCAAGCAAAACGUUACGCAAUGAAAAAAGAAAUUGCAAUGGGGCGGUCUUUCAUGAUAAAGGAAGAGCGAAAGCUCGGUUUGAGAAAGUGA